CAUCCGGGAAGUACGUGACACUAAAAAAGUUUUCUGCUUUUAUAGAUAGUUGAAGUGUUGAUAACACCAAAGAAAUCUGUCCCAGUUUGAAAAGAUAGCACAAUUCUGGUUUCCAGGCACAGCAGAAAAAGAAGCGAACAUGCGUCCAGUGCGGAUUUUUGUGAAUGAUGACCGCCACGUGAUGGCGAAGCAUUCUUCAGUGUACCCGACCCAAGAGGAACUGGAAGCUGUUCAGAACAUGGUUUCCCACACGGAGCGGGCUCUCAAAGCUGUGUCUGACUGGAUAGAUGAGCAGGAGAAAGGGAGCAGUGAGAAUGCCGAGUCUGAGAACAUGGAUGCGCCCCCGGAGGAGGAAAGCAAGGAAGGCGCUGGGGAACAGAAGACAGAGCACAUGACCAGGACCCUGCGGGGCGUGAUGCGUGUUGGCCUCGUGGCAAAGGGCCUGUUACUCAAGGGGGACUUGGACCUGGAGCUGGUGCUGCUGUGUAAGGAGAAGCCCACCACUGCCCUCUUGGACAAGGUGGCAGACAACCUGGGCAUCCAGCUUGCUGCUGUUACAGAAGACAAGUACGAAAUCCUCCAAUCUGCCGACGAUGCUGCGAUUGUGAUAAAAAACACAAAAGAGCCUCCCUUGUCCCUGACCAUCCAUCUGACAUCUCCUGUUGUCCGGGAAGAAAUGGAGAAAGUGUUAGCUGGAGAAACGCUAUCAGUCAACGACCCCCCGGACGUUCUGGACAGGCAGAAAUGCCUUGCUGCCUUGGCGUCCCUCCGCCAUGCCAAGUGGUUCCAGGCCAGAGCCAAUGGACUGAAGUCUUGUGUCAUUGUCAUCCGAGUUUUGAGAGACCUGUGCACCCGUGUGCCCACCUGGGGUCCCCUCAGAGGAUGGCCCUUGGAGCUACUCUGUGAGAAGUCUAUCGGCACUGCUAACCGGCCCAUGGGGGCCGGCGAGGCCCUGCGGAGAGUGCUGGAGUGCCUGGCCUCGGGGAUCGUCAUGCCAGAUGGUUCUGGCAUUUAUGACCCUUGUGAAAAAGAAGCCACUGAUGCUAUUGGGCAUCUAGACAGACAGCAACGGGAAGAUAUCACACAGAGUGCGCAGCAUGCUCUGCGGCUUGCUGCUUUUGGCCAGCUCCACAAGGUUCUGGGCAUGGACCCUCUGCCUUCUAAGAUGCCUAAGAAGCCAAAGAAUGAAAACCCAGUGGACUACACCGUUCAAAUUCCGCCCAGUACCACCUAUGCCAUUACGCCCAUGAAGCGGCCGAUGGAGGAAGACGGGGAGGAGAAGUCUCCCAGCAAGAAGAAGAAGAAGAUCCAGAAAAAAGAGGAGAAGGCAGAGCCUCCCCAAGCCAUGAACGCGCUGAUGCGGCUGAACCAACUGAAACCCGGACUGCAGUACAAACUGCUUUCCCAGACCGGGCCAGUCCACGCCCCUAUUUUCACGAUGUCUGUGGAAGUAGACGGGAAUUCAUUCGAGGCCUCGGGGCCAUCCAAAAAGACUGCCAAGCUGCACGUGGCUGUUAAGGUGUUACAAGACAUGGGUUUGCCGACGGGCGCUGAAGGCAGGGACUCCAGCAAGGGGGAAGACUCUGCUGAAGAGACGGAGGCGAAGCCAGUGGUGGCCCCUCCACCUGUGGUGGAAGCUGUCUCCACCGCCAGCUCUACCUUCCCCUCGGACUCCACCACUGAGAACGUAAAACAGCAGGGGCCAAUCCUGACCAAGCAUGGCAAGAACCCAGUCAUGGAGCUGAACGAGAAGCGGCGUGGGCUGAAGUAUGAGCUCAUCUCGGAGACUGGCGGCAGCCACGACAAGCGCUUUGUCAUGGAGGUGGAGGUGGAUGGGCAGAAGUUCCAAGGCGCUGGCUCCAACAAAAAGGUGGCCAAGGCCUAUGCUGCCCUGGCUGCCCUGGAGAAGCUCUUUCCUGACGCCCCUCUCGCCCUUGAUGCGAACAAAAAGAAGAGGGCCCCUGUCCCCGUCCGCGGGGGCCCUAAAUUUGCUGCUAAGCCACAUAACCCGGGGUUUGGCAUGGGAGGUCCCAUGCACAAUGAAGUUCCCCCGCCCCCAAACCUGCGCGGCCGUGGCAGAGGAGGGAAUAUCCGUGGCCGAGGGCGAGGCCGAGGGUUUGGCGGUGCCAACCAUGGAGGCUACAUGAAUGCUGGUGCUGGGUACGGGAGCUACGGGUACGGAGGCAACUUGGCGACCGCAGGCUACAGUGACUUUUUCACAGACUGCUACGGCUAUCAUGAUUUUGGGUCUUCCUAGAGCAUCUAAAAGUAUUGCACACAAAAUCAACUUUUUACUCCACUUUUCUCGAACUCCAAAACCCAAAGUGUCCGUGCUGUGUCCCUGUGCUUCACUGGGUUUCUCAACCGUGGCUUUUCACCGCAGCUUGUCUGAAACUCUUAGCCUGCAGAAUUUAAGACAAUGGCAGUUUUUAUCGUGAUUUGCCUUUGAACUUGGUCCUAUCGAAGUUCACACUAAGUGGAAACACUUUUCAGAGAAUGUAUCUUUUUGUGCAGACUUGCACAGAACCCUAGAGCCAGCGUUGUUCCGCAUCAAGGCAAAAGCCCACCUUUGCUUUUUAUGGAAAGCAUUCCUUUAUUUAAGAGACAGAUACCGAAGCAUUUAACUCUACCUUUGUCUUAAUUUACAGCAGGUUUUGUAUGAAUUUUUAACCUUUUAACAAAUUUUCCAAACCUGGUUGAUGCCUUUGACAGUAAGGAAAAUGGUUUCACCACAUCUGAGCCCCUUUUCUUUUUUCUAAGCAUGUAAACUUGGGGAACGGGUGGGGGGAGACUGGAAAUUGUGCCCCGUUAGCCUCUCCCGCCUUUUGUAAAUGCUUUGGUGGGUUAUUGUGGGGGUGGGGGACGGGAAGAUGGGAUGCGGUAUUUCCUGGCUGGUUUCCCUAGAGAGUGAACGGAAACUCUCAAAGGUAUCAAAACUGUGCUUCCAUGUUAAGUGCAAAAAAAAAUUAAAAGACAAAAUCAAACACCAGACAGGCUGUUGUAAGGAGUAGAGAAGGUGAAAUUUUGCAAGUCCCAAACAUCGCUCUGCAAUUGGGUGGGAUUCUGGGGCUUUCCUUUUCAAAGUGGGCCUGUGGGUGUGGCCUGGCGGGAUUUUCUGGCCAGAAUGUGGGGUCGCGCAGAGGGUGCUGGCUCUGACCAACCCUUCUUGGUGAUUAAUCUGGCAGGCAGGGCGGCCUCUGUGUUGACUUGCAAGAUUUUGCAUUUCUCUUCAGGCAAAAACUGGUCAAAUGGUGACUGCAUAUUUUGUUCCCAGAGGUUUGAAACAUUCAGUGAAACUUUGAAAAGUUUUCUUGCAUGAUGUAUUUUUUUUUUUUUUUAGGGAAUUAUAUUGUUUGAGAAUCAUGUCUUUUGAUACCAGGAAAUAGUUAUCCUGAAUGACGUUGACAACUUGCCCUGCCCUUCCCUUUAUUUUUUAAACAAUACAUGUUACAGUAACGAGCCCUCGA